AUGGCUGAUAUAGAACUUAGCCAGGACGACAUUGAGCGACAUGUGUACGUCUGGGCCGCCAUCCGUGAGUACGUCGUCGAGCGGCAACCAUCCGGUAACAUUGCCUGUCUACGCACCGACCGGCCUGCGGGGACGUGGGAGUAUGUCGGGUUCGAGCCUACAAAGCAAGAGUUUGACGCAACUGUCGACGCCGUGCUCAAAAACAGGAACCAUUUCCUUACAGUCAUUGGCAAGGACAUGACCCAGUACCGGGAAAUGGCCGCCGCGCAUGGGAUCGACAUCCUCGCGCAAGAAGCGCUCAUGACGGUGGACCUGUCAGGCCUGUCGGUCGAUUCGGCAACAACGGCCUCGUUUGUCAAGGAUAUUGAGGCCAAGGACAUGGGUAUCGCGACGAGGUGCCGGCUUACGGUAACAACGACCAAGGAACAAGGCAGCAAGCUGGCGGCGUCAGGACAAGUCGGCAUUCAAAAGGAUAUGGCCGUCUUUGAUAGAAUCAAGACGGAGGAGGAUAUGCGACGGAAAGGGCUGGGGUCGCUGAUUAUGCGCUCGCUAGGCGCAGAGGCGCAUGCAAGAGGUGCAAAGACGGGUUGGUUAAUUGCCACGCCAGAGGGACAGUUUCUAUAUAACCAUCUGGGCUGGAAGCAUAGUUAUUGGGUUCUGGUUCUGGGUGAUAAGAAGGCUAUUGAAAAUCCAUAG